GUUUUGCUGUUGAAGUGCACGAUAUUAGGGUUUAGUACAAAAUAUAUCAUAGCGAAACAAUUUAACACUGGACCUUGACACAUUUUUCAAUAUAUCGAGACGUUUGACAAAAAUACCAAAAAGUGAAGAGUGAAAAAACUUGGCUAGUAGGCUAUUGGUGCUUCUUGUCCCCAGACUACAGCAGAUCAGCAGAAUGAGGUGUGUCUUCAUUCAGCUCGAGCAGACAGGAAACACCGCUCAACUUUUUCUGUCUGGACCGUCCUCGUCAACUCUGCGUCUCUUCGUGUGUCACACCGCCCUGAACGCAGAAAAGGACAAUACUUGGAUAAAUAUAGCCUAGUUCAGUGUUUCAGACCUCCUCUGUCUUGUCAUGUCCGCGCACUGUCAUCCCGAAGCCCAGCGCGUGCGCUAGUUCACUGCAGCUGACGUCACAUCCAGCAUGGCGGUCAAGGUGCAAGCUACAAAAAGAGCCGACCCCCAUGACUUGAAGACUAUUUUUCUGAAGUAUGCCAGCGUGGUGGAGGAUGGAGAGCGUUACAUGACCCCCGGGGACUUUGUGCAGAAUUUCUUGGGUCUGCACACACAGCUUCAACACAACCCUAAAACUGUGGAGCUGAUAGCUGGAGUGGCUGACACCACUAAAGAUGGAUUGAUCUCUUUCCAGGAGUUUAUGGCCUUUGAAUCAGUUCUUUGUGCCCCCGACGCGCUCUUCAUAGUGGCCUUUCAGUUGUUUGACAAGACUGGCACAGGGAACAUCUCAUUUGAGAAUGUCCGUGACAUCUUCAGCCAGACGACAGUUCAUCACCACAUUCCCUUCAACUGGGACUGUGAAUUCAUCCGGCUACACUUCGGUCAUGAACGAAACAAGAACCUUAGCUACGCAGAGUUCACUCAGUUCCUACAGGAGCUGCAGUUGGAGCACGCCCGCCAGGCAUUUGCACAAAAAGACAAGAAGAAAAGUGGCACCAUCACUGCCUUGGACUUCAGCGACAUCAUGGCCACCAUCAGGCACCACAUGCUGACUCCUUUUGUAGAGGAGAAUCUGGUUUCAGCUGCAGGAGGCAGUACCUCCCACAUGGUGAGCUUUUCCUAUUUUAAUGCCUUCAAUGCCCUCCUCAACAACAUGGAGCUGAUCCGCAAGAUCUACAGCACCCUUGCUGGCACACACAAAGACACUCUUGUCACCAAAGAGGAGUUUGUUCAUGCUGCAAAUAAGUUUGGUCAAAUCACUCCGAUGGAGGUAGACAUCCUGUUCCAGCUUGUUGGUCUCCACUCACACUCUGGGCGGCUGAACCAUUCAGACAUUGAGAGGGUCGCCCCGCUGGAGGAAGGAGCCAUGCCGUACCACCUAGCAGAGACUCAGAGACAGCACACUCACGAAACGUCUCGGCCCGUCUGGCUCCAGGCUGCAGAGUCUGCCUACAGGUUUUCUCUGGGCUCAAUCGCUGGAGCUACUGGUGCCACGGCUGUGUACCCCAUCGAUCUGGUGAAGACUCGCAUGCAGAACCAGCGCUCCACAGGCUCCUUUGUAGGAGAGCUGAUGUACAAGAACAGCUUUGAUUGUGCAAAGAAAGUGCUUCGCUAUGAGGGUUUCUUUGGAUUUUACAGAGGUCUCCUCCCGCAGCUCAUUGGCGUUGCCCCGGAGAAAGCUAUCAAACUCACGAUGAAUGAUUUUGUCAGAGACAAGUUCACGGAUCAAGAUAAUACCAUCCCUCUUGCUGCAGAGGUCCUUGCUGGUGCAUGUGCUGGAGGAUCCCAGGUGAUUUUCACCAAUCCUCUAGAGAUUGUUAAGAUCCGACUGCAGGUGGCUGGAGAGAUCACCACGGGCCCUAGGGUCAGCGCCCUGAAUGUUGUUAGAGACCUGGGCUUUCUCGGCCUUUACAAGGGAGCCAAAGCUUGCUUCCUGCGUGACAUCCCCUUCUCUGCCAUCUACUUCCCUGUUUAUGCCCACACCAAGGAGAAGCUGGCAGAUGAUGAAGGAAGGCUGGGCGCACUGCAGCUGCUCACUGCUGGAGCUAUUGCAGGUGUACCGGCAGCUUCGCUGGUGACCCCUGCUGAUGUCAUCAAGACCAGGCUCCAGGUGGCGGCUCGAGCAGGACAGACUACGUACAGCGGAGUCAUUGACUGCUUCAGGAAAAUCCUCAGAGAGGAAGGUUUCAGGGCAUUUUGGAAGGGUGCAGGAGCUCGUGUCUUCAGAUCUUCACCACAGUUUGGUGUAACACUGGUGACCUAUGAACUUUUGCAGAGAUGGUUCUACGUCGACUUUGGAGGACAUCGUCCCACUGGUUCUGAGCCCAUUCACAAACCCACAAUGGAGGACUUUCCCUCUGUGACUGCAGACCACGUGGGUGGGUACCACCUGGCUGCUGCAACUUUUGCUGGCGUGGAGAGGAAGUUUGGUUUGCAUCUUCCCAAGUUCAAACCUUCUGGAGAAGCAACAAUGAAAUCAGCUAAUGCUGAACCUCAGGCCUGCUAAAAGGGUUACGAGUCGUGACUGCGAGGGCUGCAUGUUCCUCCAGUUUGCAUUUCAAGUCAGUUUAUUGAGCUGUCUUACUGCAAGUGCUGCAUGGGAAUGGCUAGCUUUUUUCUGGAUUUUUUUUGCAUAGCUUGCACAACGUAACUGUACAUAUUGUACUUCUUAACAGAGGGACAUUAUGGCUUUACUAAGGGUUGUUACUGCAUUUUUCUGGUGUGGAUUAGCUUUGGUGUGCAUGUGUCAUUUACAUUUAAGAGACACAAGGAUGUACAGAUAUUUUCAAAGUGUUUAUUUUAAAAUCAUUAUCAGGGACAUGGGAAAUAAUUUAAAUGUAUUUAUUGUAUUUUAUUGAAAUAAAAUCAUUCA